CUGGUGACGAUUCACUGCUACUUUCUCUAUGAAGUAUCUGGUAGUUUUCCUGUUGGUGGGCCUUGGCUUUACCUCGGCUUACCCUACCGAAUUCGAUGAUGCCCUCUUGGUUGAUAGAUUCGACCAAGCUGACCGACCCAUGCAUGCAGGAGGUUGGAUCGCUGAGAGGAUGAGGGAGAGUCUGCAAGUCAUGGUAGACGGCUUCGAGAAAGCACUCAAAGAAGGAAAAACGAUCAGUGAAAGAGCUUUCAAAAAGGCCGAAGAACUUUACCAUACGCUCUUGGAUUGGGGAAUAGAUGUCGGCGAAGAAAUAAAGGAGGCCCUUGAAAGAAUUGGACAGGAAUUCGACAAGAACAGACCCGAUCCAGCUGACAGGCCCCUGCAUGUUGGAAAUUGGAUCGCUGAGAGAAUGAGGGAGAGUCUGCAAGUCAUGGUAGACGGUUUCGAAAAGGCACUCAAAGAAGGAAAAACUAUCAGUGAAAGAGCUUUCAGAAAGGCCGAAGAGCUUUACCACAAACUUUUGGAUUGGGGAAUGGAUGUAGGUGAAGAAAUCAAGGAGGCCAUUGAAAGAAUUGGGCGGGAAUUUGAAAAGAACAGUCUCGACAGAGCUGACAACCCCGUGCACGUAGGAGACUGGAUCACUGACAGGAUGAGGGAUAGUUUGCAAGUCAUGAUAGAUAGCUUCGAGAAGGCAGUUAAGGAAGGAAAAAAAAUCAGUGAAAGAGCUUUCAGAAAGGCCGAAGAACUUUACCACAAGCUUUUAGCCUGGGGAGUCGACGUCGGUGAAGAAAUUAAGGAAGCAAUUGAAAGAAUUGGAAGGGAAUUUGAAAGAAACAGUCCUGACAGAGCCGACAAUUCCAUGCACGUGGGAGACUGGAUCACUGACAGGAUGAGGGAUAGUUUGCAAGUCAUGAUAGAUAGCUUCGAAAAGACAAUCAAGGAAGGAAAAACAAUCAGUGAAAGAGCUUUUAAAAAGGCCGAAGAGCUCUAUCAUAAGCUUUUGGAUUGGGGAAUAGAUGUUGGCGAAGAAAUCAAGGAAGCCCUUGAUAGAAUUCGGGGAGAAAUCGAAAAGAACGCAUGAUUUGAAAAUUCAAUUUAAGAUGAAAUUAUAUUCUGUACUCAAUAUGAUAUUUGAUAUGAAGCGUUUAUAAAAACUGUACGAUGCAAAGUAAAGAAAUAAAAUUAUUAU